ACCUUCAAAGGCAAGAUUUCUUUUGGCAAUUUCUUCAGACAAACUGGCAGGUGGUCCAUUUAGAAGGUAUCUGACAAGUCACAGUGAUCCCCAGCUGUUGACCUGCCUAAUGUUUUGGGAAGAUGUGACAGAGUAUGGGACUGAUGAAGACUGUUUGUCUGAUAGACUUCUGAAACUGUGUCAUGCAUGGAAUAUCUACAGAAAGUACUUGUCAGAGGAUAGCCCUUACAAGAUAGAGCUGCCGGUGGAAGACAGAAAUCAGCUGCUAGCCAGUCUAGAGACAACCAGAGACUAUAUAAAUUCUUCCAUUUUUGAGCCUGCAAAGAUUUAUGCCAUGGAAAAUUUAGAGAGUGCUUGGAUUAGGUACUUAAAAGAAGACCUGAAAUCAUUCCUAGAUUGCAGAGUCAGGUUUAAAGAUGAAAGUCCGCCCAGUACAGCAGAAGUUAUUGAGAUUACUCUCACAGAGCAUGAUGUUGUCAUCAAGAGACCAAUGCCAUGGAUUAGGAGAAUCCCCGGUUCAACUGCAACAGAACGAGGACAAAGACUAAAUAAAGCGCUGGUCACCGCAGAAGAAACUGAAGAUGAGGAAACAAGGGCUCAGAGAAAAACUGAGGCAACAGCUAGAAGGAAGGAAAUGGAAAGAGAAAGAAAAAGAAUAAUCAAAGCAGCAUAUGCCAGGCAAAGAGAAAUGAAGUUAAAGAGGCCAUCGCUGGGCUCAGAAUAUGAUGAGCUCCCAGUGAGAAAAUAUGUUCCAAGAACAGUCAAACUGCCAACAUAUCAAAACCUGACUGGGAACAAACAACUAAUGUCCAUGUUCCGCAAGUUUGUUGCUGAAGAACAGAAUGAUCAUAGAGAUAUAUUUAAUAAAGUGCAACUUCACAAUGAUAUUGAGACAUACUUAAACUUGAAGGAUCCAAAACUGAAGAGAGCCAAGGCUACAGCCAUAACAAAGCUAUAUUUGGAUCCACAAAGCAAGAGACCAGUACAGCUCAACAAUGAAAAUCUCACAUCCCUUGUUGCUGAUGAAAAAGAGCAACCUAAAUCUGAGUUACUGCAGGAGAUACAGAGAUCUAUCAUGCCAGAGAUUGAAGACGUUUUCCAAAAUUUUGUUUUGAUGAAGGCGGAUGAUCUGAAUAUUAAUCCCAAAGACCUGGUCACUAUGUCCCAGAAUGAGCUGUCGAAAUGUGUUGAGAAUGAAGAGGCUUUGAUCUUGGCAUUAAACAAGAGAAAAUCUAGGGGAAAGACAACAGGUAGAGCUCAGGCCACUAGAGAGGACAGGAAUGAGUUUUUGGCUGCUCUGAAUCAGUGUGCUAUGGGCCAUCUAACUAUGCCUAUGCUGUACUUCUACAAAUAUUUGCUGAAACAUGGUGAAGCAGACGGCAUGCCCCAAAUUGACAAGAAUUUAUUUUUCUACAUAGAAGUACAGAAGUUCAAGGAUGCAAGUCAUAAUUUCGCAGAUGAAGAAACACUGAAGAGGAAACUGCAGUCAAUUGUUGAGUGUUUCUUGGAUUCUGCCUGCUUACCAACAUUACAGAUUGACAUCCCAGCAGAAAUGCACCAGAAAAUUAUGAAAGCUGCUCAGAGAUAUCUCAAUGGGAAGGAUGUCAACCCAUCUUUAUUUGAUGAGGCCCAACUUCAUGUAUUUCGGGAGUUGCUGUUUUACUGGGCAGGAUUUCGCAAAUCAUUGUCUGCUAAUGAAGAUUUAAAGAAGAGACCAGUCAACAAGCAUGAAAAAAUGCUGCAGAGAAAGUUGGAGAGGAUACAGAAUUACCAGGCUCCCAGCUCAGACUUCACUCUGCCAUCAAUUCCUGAGGGUUCAACCCCAUUUUUUAGCUUUUCCUUAUCAGAAGGGUUAAAAUUUAAG